UAUGCUGAAAUUAGAAGGGAAAAUGAUGAAUGGCCUUCGUAAUCUUGGAAUCAGUGGAGAAGAUAUGAGAAAAUUCUUAAGAUUGAAUUCACAUGCUCAGGAACACACAUAUGUGUUAGACAUCCGGCAUAGUUCCAUAGUGUGGAUUAAUGACUUAGAAAAUGAUGGUUUAUAUGUUACAUGGCCUACAAGUUGCCAGGAACUUCUGAAGUCAGUAUUCCCUGAAAUUAUACCUUCUAUAAGACGUAAUUUUCAUAAUUUGGUUCUGUUUGUUGACCCUGCUCAAGAAUAUACCUUGGAAUUGAUAAGACUUGCUGAACUUUUCUAUUAUCAUAAAUAUCCUCUUAGAAUUGGUUUUGUGUUCAUUCUUAAUACAGAUAAUGAAGUUGAUGGAACAAAUGAUGCUGGAGUUGCACUUUGGCGAGCUUUCAACUAUAUUGCAGAAGAAUAUGAUGUAUCAGAAGCAUUUAUUUCCACAGUACAUAUGUACCAAAAAGUGAAGGAUCAAAAUAUGCUCACUGUGGACAAUGUGAAGAGUGUUCUCCAAAAUAAAUUUCCUCAUACUAACACUUGGGAUAUUUUGGGAACUCAUUCCAAAUAUGAUAAAGAAAGAAAGGCUUUCAGUGUCACUCUCUUAACAGAAGCAUUCUCUGAUCCUUUCCUCUUCACACUCAAGCUUGUUUAGAUGUUUCUUUUAUGGCCCUUGGAACCUCAUACAUACAAAAUCUAUUUGUAAGUAUGUGAGCUAUCCCCCAAAAAGAAAACUUUCAGCUCUGUAUUCAGUGUGCUUAAUGCUGGUGACAUGAUUCAGUCAGUGCUUUUGAAUAAAUGAAUACAGAAGUAAAAUAAGUCAUGCAGAUAAAUGUUUUUAAGUAAAUGUCUUACUCUGUAUUAAGGGUCAGCAAGACAAUACACUGCUUGUUUUUCUGGAUAAAGUAUUUGUGGGACACAGCCUUGCUCAUUUGUUCAUGUGUUGUCUAUGUCUGCUUUUGUACUAUAACAUCAGAGGUAAGUCAUUGCAGCAGAGACUGGGUGACUCACAAGCCUAAAAUAUUUACAGUCUAGCCCUUUACAGAAAAAGUAUCCUGACUCCUGCUCUAUGUAGGUAAGUUAUUUUUCUUUACAUACUGUUUGGGAAGCACAGAUAAAAUCAGCAAAAUUAACAUUUUUUUCUAUUCCAUAUGAAAUGUGGGAGUGUCCCUUUUUCAUACACAUUUCUUUUUCAAAUGGCCAUAUUUUGUUUGACACUGAUAUUUUUAAAUGAAUAGGCUGGAGCAAGCUUUUAUAAGAUGACUGGCUUAGGUCCUCUGCCUCAAGUUCUUUACAAUGGUGAACCCUUUAACCUUGAAGAGAUGAAAAUUAAAGAACUAGAAUUGGCUAUUCU